UUUAGAGAAGUACGAAUAAUGUUUUUUUUUGAUCACCCCAAUAUAGUUAAACUUUAUGAAGUCAUUGAAACUGACAAAACYCUGUAUUUGAUCAUGGAAUAUGCGAGUGGAGGGGAGGUAUUUGACUAUCUUGUUGCUCAUGGGAGGAUGAAGGAGAAGGAAGCAAGGGCAAAGUUUCGUCAGAUUGUAUCUGCUGUACAGUAUUGCCACCAGAAGCAUGUUAUUCAUAGGGAUUUAAAGGCUGAAAAUCUUCUAUUAGAUAGUGAGAUGAACAUCAAGAUAGCUGAUUUUGGYUUUAGUAAUGAAUUCACACCCGGCAAUAAGCUGGAUACGUUUUGUGGAAGCCCACCGUACGCUGCUCCUGAACUCUUUCAAGGCAAGAAAUAUGAUGGCCCUGAAGUGGAUGUGUGGAGUUUGGGAGUCAUUCUGUACACACUAGUCAGUGGUUCGUUGCCUUUUGAUGGACAGAAUCUUAAGGAAUUACGGGAAAGAGUACUUAGAGGAAAAUAUAGAAUACCCUUUUACAUGUCAACAGAUUGUGAAAAUCUCCUGAAACGAUUCUUAGUAAUUAAUCCUCAAAAAAGAGCCAAAUUAGAGCAAAUAAUGUCAGACAAGUGGAUGAAUAUAGGAUGUGAAUUAAAUGAGCUAAAACCUUACUUAGAACCGGCACCCGAUUUUAAAGAUGAAAAUAGAAUGGAAAUUAUGCUACAAAUGGGAUUUACAAAAGACGAAAUUACAGAAAGCCUGUCAAACAAUCGGUAUGAUGAAGUAAUGGCGACAUACUUGUUGCUGGAUGAAAGAAGAUUGACCAUCUCGUUACGAAACGUGAAUGGCCCUAGUGACCCACUCAUGAACAGCAGUAGUUCCAUAAGGCAAUCAGACUCGUCAACAGGAUCGUCCUCAAGACCAGUAAGACCAGCACGGACUACCAGCUCAAGACCACGUGAUCGCGACGGCAGAGAAUUACCGAGAAGAUAUUCACAUGGACCGCACGAAAGGAGCGGGCAUCGUUCAACUACAGGGGAGGGCAGACAGGGUAAUCAAAGAGGGCAUAGGACAAGUGCUACGGCUGACAGUAGUAUACCAACGCCACAGGGACGGCCGUCAACUAGACCAGGGAUGGACAGACAAGCUAGUGGACCAGUACCAGAGGAACGACUUCCAACUACAAUCGGCCGAGCAUCAAAUCCUAACAAAGCUGAGAUACCUGAAAGAGAAGACAACUCACGGAGCAGAGGGCGUGCUCAACGGCAACAUAGUAUGCCACCAGGAAUGUCCCGCCGAAAUACGUUUGUGUGUGAACGAAGAGCAGAGAAGGGUGAAGAAAGAAAUAACUCGACACAGACAGGCUCGUCACAACUAGAAGGCAAAGAACCAAGUAGUACAACACCUCCAGAGGCAGGACCCAGUCGACCUCCACCACCUAAAGCCGGGUUAACUAAUCGCCUUGAACCAGUGCGUAGAUCGCUACCCCCUGUUGCCUCGCAUCAGGAAGAUAGAUAUAGGCCUGGCUCUACGCCGAACUCCAAUAUUCCAGUCCCGUCGAGACUGGGAACACGUAAUAUGCCAGCACGUAGUACUUUCCAUAGUGGUACAGCACGCGAACGACAGCGGGAUGAUGGGUUGUCAAGAGCGCAUGAUCCAAACAGCCCUGGAGUGUCCAAUAGACCGUCGCUGUUUAGCAAACUGACUUCACGGUUUAGUAAGAGGGCGCGUGGAGGCGGGGAUUCAGGCUCAAAGUCCUCACCCGAUCAAGGGGCCAGUGGGAGGACGAGGUCUCGGUCCAUUCGAAGAACGCUCGCUAGACUCUCAUUCAGAAAGCAGAGAAAAAGGUCUGUUGGAGACUCAAAUGACAAACCGCGCUCACUUCGAUUUACGUGGAGUAUGAAGACUACAAGCACUUUGGAUCCCUAUGAUAUGAUUAAAGAGAUAGUCAAGGUCUUGGAAGCUAAUAAUUGUAACUAUGAACGAAAAGAGAGGUAUCUAAUGCAUUGUUGCCAUGGCAGUCCGCCGGAGAAUAACCACGUGCAGUGGGAAAUGGAAGUAUGCAAAUUACCUCGAUUGUCACUCAACGGUGUCCGAUUUAAGCGUAUUUCCGGUACCGCUAUUAAUUUCAAGAACAUCGCAUCAAAAGUUGCAAAUGAAUUAAAAUUGUGAUGGCCAUUCGCGUCAGGAAAACAAUCCAGUCGCAUCAUGUCCGUCGUGACACUGGGAAUGCCGUAUUGUUGCGUGACGUCUGGGAUGCGUUCUUUUGAAUUGAUAUGGAUUGCGUUACUAUUGUAUUCUCACUGUCGUGACACAGCAAAGGAAUAUUAUUGGUUGGUCGAAUAUCGUAUCGUGCAAUGAUUACCAAGUGUUGCGGAUUUUAAAUUGUCACAAAACACCGAUAACCGAGGGAGACUGAACACAUCCUCGUUUCUUGGUCAAUAUUAACAUUGUCUAUCACGUGGUUUAUCACGUGGGCUGUUACGUGGUUAUCACGUGACGUAAUUCUCUGUACAGUGUAUAAGUGUACAUAGUAGUAGGAACUAUUAUUUAAUUCUUACUGGAGUGCAUUCUGUGGGCAGCGGUCUGCGUUCAGUUACUGUGUGUUACUCGAUGUAUUAUACCUCACUAAAGAAUCGUUAUCAUCCUUCCUAGACAUUGAACUGAGCUACAAGUUUACCGAUUCGAAAAAUGGUUUGUCCAUGCAGACAAAAUUUUGACAUGAAGAUUUUAAACAAUUUUUAUUACAAUUUAUUCAUCAUUUUUUGAAUCUGGCUACACACCGUCUUCUUCACCAACCAAAUUCAUUCAAUUUAAAUGAAAUUUUUAUUCUGUGAUUAGAAGUAGCUAGUGCACGUCUUAUAAUAAGGGAUUUAUGCUAACGUAAAUGGUUUUAAUGACUGGGGCUAUACAAUCUUUGCAGUCAGGAUAUAGGCAAAGUUAGUCUGAAUAGCAGUGGCCGAAGACUGGUCUAGGCUUUCGCGAGAAAUUCGUUGAUAUGUGUUUAUUGUUGGUGUUGCUGUGGUUAUUGUUUGUUGUAAUGUGUCUUAUUGUAAUUGUUGUUGUCGCUGUUCUUGUUCAUAUAGUUGUUAAUGUUUUUGUUUUGUUUUUGCUAAUGCAAUAUGUUGUUGUUCUUGUUGUUGAUAUCGUUUAUGUUUUGUUUUGCUACUAUAUGUUGUUGUUGUUGAUAUCGUUAUUUGUUGUUGUUGCCCUAAUUUGGUUAGUGUUGUUUUUGUGUUGUCUGUUUUGCUGUUUACAUUUCUUUCUUUCCAUUUUUUUGAUUCACUAUAAUAUCUCAUUACUCUUGUAGUCUCAGAUGCUCUGUCCACAAAGUUUCGAUUCUUUAGUGGGGUAUACUACUAUUGUUGUCCAAUAUGCACAUCACUCUAUACCACAGUGGCUUCUAAUGGGCUUUGAUUCACUCUAAGUAGAUUGUAAAGGUUAGUUGCCGAAGUAUUUGAGAUGGGUGGGGAGGGUGGGGGUGUGCACUGCUGGGUGAUUUCUAGGCCAUUAAUUGUGCUUUUAUGCACCUAAGACUAUUAUUAUGGCUAUUAUUUUAUCGAUAAAUUCAAAUUCCAAAUAGAUUCAAUUUAUACUGGCAAUUGGUACUUCUCUUAGGAGUGAUUUCAUUCAAUCUGUGAAAAUAUACAUGAUAAAGCUGGUUGUCAAAAAACCUUUUUAUUUUCGGAUCGCUAGCACAAUUGUUCUCAUUUAGUGAAUUUCGCAGGUUUGAUAUAAUCACUUUUAGUGAAUUCAGUUGAAGUGUGUAAUGAUAUCUAGGAGUAUUCAUUCGAGACUUCUACUGAUUUUACUGAACUUCACAUAUCUUCUAUUUUUGACGACUUCCACAGCAACGAAGUCACUUGUCCGUAUCGCCACUAAAUCAAAAGUACCUUAAAAAUCGAUUUAAGAAAUGGAAAGAGCUCGGGAAAAAAAAGAAUAAAAGUAUAAAGUUUCGGAAUUUGCUGCACAAGAGAAGUAUGGCGCCCAUUUUAUUGUUGUAAAGCGACAGAAAUCUUGGAGCAUGAAGAAAUGCACAGAGAAUCUCAAAGCAGUAAAAAUUCUUCAAAAGACCAUGGGGAAUUUUAUCGACAAAUCAUGUCAUUUACGAAAACUCGAAAGCAUUUGUGGGACAAGCCGCGAGCGUUUGAUUCCCACGCUUUCUUCUGAUUGGCUAAUCGCAUACUCGCGCUUGGUUUCCAUGAAUUCAAGAUGGCGGUCGAGUCUGUUCACCCACAAAAGUUCUCCAAAAGAAUUCGCCGUAAAUGGCAGGAGUUGUCAUUCGUAUCAAAACAACAUUUAUUCGAUUUAGAAAUAUAAAUAGUUAGUAAUUUAAUCUUUUUCGCGCAGAUAUCCAUACUUAGAAUGAACAAUUUCACUAUGAAGCAUUUCCUCUUGUGAGACCAAACUUUGCACUUUUAUCGAUUUGGAGACGCUCCUUCAAUUUCUUGGGUUUAUUUGGGCACAAUGCUUGAUUUAGAUAAUUCUCAACUUUAAGUUGAAUGAAAUAAUUUUAAUGUAAUCAGGUUUUUAAUAAAUUAAGGCACAUUUUUACAGAUCCUCAGAACUAGAAAUGACAGAUUUGUAAGAAAAAAGUAUUUUAUCGAUCACAAAUGCUGAUCAGUCGUUUAAAGUACUACGUCAUCUCAGCAGUCACGUGGUAUGAACGAGCUCGUCCCAAGCUUCCUCACUGUGAGCAAUAGUUUCGGUUCAACUGUUGCGCGUUUUUAACUGUCUGGGAGCUUGGGACGAAGGGAAAUGAAAUCCUGCCCCAAUCUUCCGCUCGGGGAGUGAUGUUUAUUUAAUUGGCCUCAGCAGUGCUCGUUUCAACUUGACCGGGAGAGUGGGGCAAAGCGAAUGAAAAUUGGGCAAAUGAGUACAUUCUAAUAAUAAUUCUCUCCAAAUGUAGAACAAUAGUGUAUUAUGGGUUACGGACGUUCUUAUUACAUACAAAUGCUAUUACUAUU